GUGGGUGACGGAGGGGGAACCAGCCUCACAGACAGCGCGGUGGAGUUGGGGUGCUACUGGCGUGCGGGUCCGGCAACUCCCUGGGAGGCAGACGGGCGGGUGCCGGAACCGAGCUGCGGCAGUCCUCGCGGGUCUGUGAAGGAGUCGGUGGCCCCAGCAGGCGCCAGUCAGUUUAAAAAAAAAUAGAAAUCACUUCUGACUACAUUGAAUAGCAAAAACGAAGUGACACUGCAGACCAUGGCACUACCAUUCCGGAAGGACUUAGAAAAGUACAAGGACCUGGAUGAAGAUGAGCUCCUUGGGAAUCUAUCAGAAAUAGAACUGAAACAACUGGAAACUGUGCUGGAUGAUCUUGACCCUGAGAAUGCCCUUCUGCCUGCAGGGUUCCGACAGAAGAACCAGACCUCAAAGUCUGCCACAGGGCCUUUUGAUAGAGAACACCUCUUGUCAUAUCUGGAGAAGGAAGCUUUGGAGCAUAAGGACCGGGAAGACUAUGUGCCCUACACUGGAGAAAAAAAAGGGAAAAUAUUCAUCCCUAAACAGAAACCUAUCCAGACUUUUACAGAAGAAAAAAUCUCUCUUGAUCCAGAAUUAGAAGAAGCUUUGACAAGUGCUUCUGAUACAGAACUGUGUGACCUCGCAGCUAUUCUUGGAAUGCACAAUUUGAUAACAAAUACACAGUUCUGUAAUAUAGUGGGAAGUAGUAAUGGUGUCGACCAAGAAAAUUUUUCAAAUGUGGUAAAGGGUGAAAAGAUGGUCCCAGUAUUUGAUGAGCCACCAAAUCCAACCAACGUUGAAGAGAGUUUAAAGAGAAUUAAAGAAAAUGAUGUUCGUCUUGUUGAAGUUAAUUUGAAUAAUAUAAAGAAUAUUCCAAUUCCAACCCUAAAAGAUUUUGCAAAGGCUUUGGAAACCAACACACAUGUGAAAUAUUUAAGUCUUGCAGCCACGCGGAGCAAUGACCCUGUUGCUUUUGCUUUUGCAGAUAUGCUGAAAGUGAACAAAAAUUUGAAGAGUUUAAAUAUGGAGUCCAACUUUAUCACAGGAGCUGGGAUUCUAGCACUGAUUGAUGCUUUAAGAGAUAAUGAGACCCUCACCGAGCUCAAGAUUGACAAUCAGAGGCAGCAGUUGGGGACAGCUGUAGAAUUGGAAAUGGCGAAGAUGCUUGAGGAAAAUACAAAUAUCCUUAAGUUUGGAUAUCGGUUUACACAGCAGGGACCCCGAACCAGGGCAGCUAAUGCUAUAACAAAAAACAAUGACUUAGUUCGCAAGAAACGAGUUGAAGGAGACCACCAGUAAGUCCGCCAAGGCAUAACCUUUGGAAGACUUCUGAAGGUCAUCAGGACUCAUGUUGGCGAUAUCAGAUAUAAAAUUUUCCUGGGUAGAAGGGAAAAGACUGGAAAUUUUUCUUUCUUUUUUUUUUUUUUUCAACUACAUGUAUAUUUUUCUAGUUUAAGUUACAAGUUUCAAACUGUAAAAUCAAUAGUAGGUGACAUUUUAUAUUUUAAAGCAUUAUUUCUACUUUCUGCUAAAAUCAAUUUUAAUUUAGCUUAAUUGAGUGGUUUAUGGUGGGUCUUAGUUAAAAAAAAAAUACAAUUAUAAGAAAGUGUAGGAAGUCACAUGUAGACUAAUAUAAACAUUUUAAGGACCAAAUCUCUUUGUUAAAAAAAGGGACAUUGCUGAUAUCAGACUUGCUGUGCACCUCACAGGUACAAGCACUUCAAAGCUCCUGAUUCCAGGAUGGGAGAGAUUUCCGUGUUUUAGAACACAUGAGCUUGGAGAGAUUGUGCUUUUGCUUCUGUCAGGAAAGCACAAUGCCAGAAUUUUAAACCAGGUGACUCAAAUCUAGUCGUCUGUUUAGAAGUAAAAGCAGGCCUCUAGGAGAGAGAAAUGCAUUCCAGGUUACUGCACUUGUCUGAUGUUACUGCACUUGUCUGAUGUAUCUUUAAGAGUAUAGUGAUGUCUACACUGAUUACAGUGUUUCAUUUUAAUACUGUGGACUUUAUUAGAUUUUUGUGAAAGCCCAUAGUAAAAAGCAUCUAAGUAGGAAAGCUAUUCUGUUCCUGUAAAAGGCAGAUAGCCAACUCUUGGUUAGAUAGGGUAAGAGAAAAAGAAAGCUGUUGUUUACAGUAAAUGUGAUGGAGGUGAAGUCUGAGGAGCAUGCAAAACGGUCAGUUAAACUGAUAGUUCCUGUAAAGCAAAUUAGAAACUGGCACGCGUCUAAAUCAGUGUUCCUAUAUGCAGUGCAGAAUUCCAUAAACGGUAUUUAAUCAUCACUCACUACAAAUUUUCCAAACAGGAAAUCUGCUCUUCUUCAUAAACCCAGUUUUUAUUGUUUCCUGUCAUCUUGUACUUUUUUGUCCAUAUUGUGUAAAAGUAAUUUCUCAUAACAAAAGUUGUCUUCCUGUUACUCUCAAAGAAUCAAAGUGAACAAUUGAACAGUGUACUGUGGUGGGCAGCUGACUCCAGAACGCCAGUGCGAUGGGGGAUUGGACCUGUAUCCUUGCCCUGUUUCGGGGCAGCCUCUGGACCGGAGAUGGCGGAGUCUUACAGCUGCCGAAAGCAGGGGCAGAGGAAUCCGAGUCACCCUGGCCUCAGAAAUGCAGGCCUGGCUGUACCAUUUACAGGGAGAUUUUUCUAAGGGAGAAUCUCAUUUCACAGUAGCAGAGAGAUCUGUUGUCAAUUUUUAAAAAAAUUAUUUUUCUGCUCCUUCAGUUUACGGUGGACAGUUUAUCCAAUGACUGGGCAGCUUCCUGUGUACUGUGGUAUAAGCCUUCUUAACAGGGUGUGUUUG